UGACCCGAAAGUGCUCAUCGCUCCUGUCAACGAGGCCCCCGGCCCAAUGGCAGGCUGAGCCCCCCUCCUCCGGCCUGGUCCCGCCUCUCCUGCCCCUUGCGCCCCGCACUACCUGCCGCCCGGCCACAUCCCGAGCUGGAAGGCGGGUGCGCGGGCGCGCGGCGGGCACCAUGCAGGGAGGCUGCCGGGGGCCGUGGGCAGCGCUGCUCUCUGCCGCCCACCUGGCGCUGUGAGACGCGCGCUGCCACCAUGUUCCCCAGCCCCGCGCUCACGCCCACGCCGUUCUCGGUCAAAGACAUCCUGAAUCUGGAGCAGCAGCAGCGCAGCCUGGCCGCCGGGGAGCUCUCCGCGCGCCUGGAGGCCACCCUGGCGCCCGCCUCCUGCAUGCUGGCCGCCUUCAAGCCCGAGGCCUACGCGGGGCCGGAGGCCGCAGCGCCCGGCCUCCCCGAGCUGCGCGCCGAGCUGGGCCCCGCGCCCUCGCCCGCCAAGUGCUUGCCUGCCUUCUCAGCCGCCCCCGCCUUCUAUCCGCGUGCCUAUGGCGACCCCGACCCUGCCAAGGACCCUCGAGCCGAUAAGAAAGAGCUGUGCGCGCUGCAGAAGGCGGUGGAGCUGGAGAAACCUGAGGCGGACAGCGCCGAGCGACCCCGGGCGCGACGGCGGAGGAAGCCGCGCGUGCUCUUCUCGCAGGCGCAGGUCUACGAGCUGGAGCGGCGCUUCAAGCAGCAGAGGUACCUGUCGGCCCCGGAGCGCGACCAGCUGGCCAGCGUGCUGAAGCUGACGUCUACGCAGGUCAAGAUCUGGUUCCAGAACCGGCGCUACAAGUGCAAGCGGCAACGGCAGGACCAGACUCUGGAGCUGGUGGGGCUGCCCCCGCCACCGCCGCCGCCAGCGCGCAGGAUCGCGGUGCCAGUGUUGGUGCGCGAUGGCAAGCCUUGCCUCGGGGACUCGGCGCCCUACGCGCCAGCCUAUGGCGUGGGCCUCAACGCCUACGGCUAUAACGCCUACCCCGCCUACCCGGGUUACGGUGGCGCGGCCUGCAGCCCUGGCUACAGCUGCACCGCUGCUUACCCCGCCGGGCCGCCACCGGCGCAGUCGGCUACGGCGGCCGCCAACAACAACUUCGUGAACUUCGGCGUCGGGGACUUGAACGCCGUGCAGAGCCCCGGGAUUCCGCAGGGCAACUCAGGAGUGUCCACGCUGCACGGUAUCCGAGCCUGGUAGGAAAGGGACCGGUGUGGGACGCCCCCGACCGAUCCCACCUCUAAAGAAGGGCACCGACUCUCGAGGAGAGGGAGGGUUCCCGACACGAUCCUGCGUCCCUCGGAUGUCACAUUCACUCCCGCGGAGGCCUCGGAGCUUUACCUGCCCCGUGCGCCUUUGUCCCCACGCGAGGGAGAGUUUGUGGUCGGGUUUACGGAGCUUGCGGUGAGUGAUCCCGCAGCCUGGUGCCUUAGCCGUCGCCCCGGGAGUGCCCUCCGAGAGCCCACGGGCAUCCCCAGUCUGCCGAACACCGGCCAGUUGGGACUGGGAGCCCGGGCGCGGCAGGCCUAGCAUCCGGCCGCCUUUCCUCGAACCUGGGCCGGGCGCCCGGGCCCUUGCUGCCUUGCCGCUGCCCCCACCCCCGGUAUUUAUGUUUUUACCUGUUUCUGUAAGAAAUGAGAAUCUCCUUCCCAUUAAAGAGAGUGCGCUGA